AUGGCUUCUACACCACCGCCUGCACCGGCCACUGGUGUGGAGGAAGAUGGCCUGUCCAUCCCCGUCAUUGACUUCUCCCUCUUCCUACAUGGAGAUGAGAGCUCCAAGCAGAGCACCGCCAAGGCAAUGCUUAAUGCAUUUCAGAAAAGCGGGUUCCUCUAUCUCUCAAAUUCGGGAAUCUCGCCAGAAACCGUCAAGACCGUGUUUAUUCAGUCAGCCAAGUUCUUUGAUCGCCCCGAAGAGGAGAAAGAUGCCCUUGCGUGGGACCGGCCGGAGUCAAACAGAGGUUAUGUCGCAUUUGGACGGGAGAAGGUGACACAAGCUACUGACCCUGAGGAGAUCAAACGCCUUCGGGCAAGUAAUCCUGACUAUAAGGAAACCUUGGAAAUCGGUAGAGAAGGUGUCGAAGGAUCGCCAAAUCACUGGCCCGAUUACGAUGAACCCGGCAAGGAGUUCACGAAGGUCAUGAAAGCAUUCCACCUGACGUGCAAAAAUCUCCACAUCCAGUUCAUGCGCGCCAUCGCCGUGGGUAUGGGAUUUCCGGAGACCUUCUUUGAUGAAUACACCAAGGGCGGAGACAAUAACCUACGCUUGCUACACUACCCUCAGCUCCUCAAGUCUGUCUUCAAGGACAACACGGAGGCGGUCAGGGCGGGCCACCAUUCGGACUACGGCUCGGUCACUUUGCUAUUUCAAGAUGCUGUUGGUGGCUUGGAAGUCAAGUCGCCACAGAACACCUGGGUCCGGGCAACGCCCGUCCCCGAUACAAUUGUGAUCAAUGCAGGAGACUUACUGGCGAGAUGGAGCAAUGAUACGAUCAAAAGCACCAACCAUAGGGUCGUGCAACCACCUUGUGAGCCAGAAAGUGACAUGUAUCCUGAACGAUACAGUGUGGCAUAUUUCUGCAACCCAGACUUUGACAAGCUCAUCGAAGCACUGCCGGGGACGUAUGCUACUGAUGCUGACAAGAAGUACCCAGCGAUAAAUAGCGGAAACUAUCUGACUCAGAGACUGGCGGCUACCUAUUGA